AUGGCGACGUUGCAGAGAUUCAAGUUCCUAGCGACGCAGUGUGGAGUUGCAGAGAGUCCUACAAGAAGUCCGAGCCCAAGAACAAGUCCAUUGGUACAGUUUCGUCGCAAGAAGACAACAUUAAAGAUGCUUCUGAGUCUUCGAUCGCCGAGCCGCCGAGAGCAGCCGGUGAUUCAUCAGAGCCGCUCGUUGACGGCUGAGAAGGACGUAGCUGGACGCAAACUGAGAGACUUAUUCGUCACUUCGACUUCUGUAGAGGAAGAAGAAGAAGAGAAGGAGAGAAAGAAAGGGAAAACAAAAGAAGAAGUUCUUGCAGCCAUGGCAGCUAAAUUGAAUGCAGCUGCUUCGAACUCUCAAUCGGAGUCUGAUGCAUCACCGGUUUGGUUUGGAUUCAGCAAAAGGCUUCUCCAGCGAGCUUGGAGGCCUAAGCUUGGUACCAUUCCUGAGUAA